AGCGACCAAAUCUGGCAACCCGGUGACGCAGCGUCACCGGCGUAGCUUCAUUCGGCUUUUCUGACAAGCAGCGUGGAAAGAUGGUGCUGGAUUUGGACCUGUUUCGAACCGACAAAGGCGGCGAUCCAGAGGUCGUCCGUGAGACUCAGAGGAAAAGGUUUAAAGAUGUCACGCUGGUUGAUAAACUGGUCGCCGCAGACUCAGAGUGGAGAAGAUGCCGCUUCACUGCAGACAACCUCAACAAGCUAAAGAACCUCUGCAGCAAGAGCAUUGGGGAGAAAAUGAAGAGGAAAGAACCAGUUGGGGAGGACGAAUCCGUACCAGAGGAUGCACAGAACCUGGAAGCCCUGACAGCGGAGACACUGUCGGCGCUGACAGUGGCACAGAUCAAAAAGGUGCGCUUGCUUGUGGACGAGACUGUGGAGAAGACAGACCGAGACAGGCUAAAGCUGGAGGCGGAGAGGUUUGAGUACCUGAGGGAGAUCGGCAACCUCCUGCACCCAUCUGUACCCAUCAGCAACGACGAGGAUGUAGACAACAAGGUGGAGCGUACAUGGGGGGACUGCAGCGUUCAGAAGAAAUACUCUCAUGUUGACCUGGUGGUCAUGAUCGAUGGUUUUGAUGGAGAGAGGGGAGCCGUUGUGGCUGGGAGCAGAGGUUACUUCCUAAAGGGUCCCCUGGUGUUCCUGGAGCAGGCUCUGAUCAGCUACGCCUUAAGGAUCCUCCACAGCAAGAACUACACCAUGCUGUACACGCCGUUCUUCAUGAGGAAAGAGGUCAUGCAGGAAGUGGCCCAGCUCAGCCAGUUCGACGAAGAGCUUUAUAAAGUGAUCGGCAAAAGCAGCGAAAGGUCGGACGACAGCUCCGUAGAUGAAAAAUACCUGAUCGCCACCUCUGAGCAGCCCAUCGCAGCCUUCCUGAGGGAUGAGUGGCUCAAGCCCGAGGACCUGCCGAUCCGCUACGCCGGCCUCUCCACCUGCUUCAGACAGGAAGUGGGCUCCCAUGGGCGAGACACCCGCGGGAUCUUCAGGGUGCACCAGUUUGAGAAGAUAGAGCAGUUUGUCUACGCCUCCCCACACGACGGGAAAUCAUGGGAGAUGUUUGACGAGAUGAUUGGAACUGCAGAGGAGUUCUACCAGUCUCUGGGAAUUCCUUAUCGUAUCGUUAACAUCGUGUCUGGUGCCCUAAAUCACGCUGCCAGUAAGAAGCUGGAUCUGGAGGCCUGGUUUCCUGGUUCAGGUGCCUUCAGAGAGCUGGUCUCCUGCUCAAACUGCACCGACUACCAGGCCAGACGUCUCCGCAUCCGCUACGGACAAACCAAAAAGAUGAUGGAUAAGACAGAGUUUGUGCACAUGCUGAACGCCACCAUGUGUGCCACUACGCGGGUGAUGUGCGCCAUCCUGGAAAACUACCAAACUGAGGAGGGCAUCAUUGUUCCUGAGAAGCUUCGGGAUUUCAUGCCUCCAGGUUUGACUGACAUCAUUAAAUUCGUUAAGCCCGCCCCCAUUGAUCAGGAGGUAACCAAAAAAGCAAAGAAACAGGAAGGAGGGAAGAAGAAGAAACAGGGAGGAGGGAACCCAAACCUGCCCAAUGCCAUGGAGAGCAUGUCCGUAAACGACUCGUAGACUCAAACGCAUCAUCCGCCUCACAGAUCCAAACCGAUGGAACAGAGCCUCGACUUUCAUCACGGUGGCUGAGAUCAGUUAAGGUUCAUUGAAUCUUAGACAGUUCGACUCUGUUUCCGUCUGACUGGAGGUUCACUCAUCUCAUCCUCUAAUUCACCGAAAAAAGGGAUUUUCUGCAAGUCACUCGCCUUUAUUCCACUUCCUGUCACUUUCUCAUCACCAACAAGAAGCCUAGAAUGAUCUCCCAGCCUUUGGUGAGAACUGUCGGGUGUUUCCGCCAUGUUGUCCUUCCAGCCGUCAUUCACCCGUUGCUGCUUGAUGUCUCUUGUGACUGAGACGUGGACGUCCUCUGUAUGGACUCAUAAUAUAAUACGACUCUGCAUCAAUGAAGUGGCACUUACUGUAAACAUUAAAUAUAGGUGAUAUGGAA